GGCGGCGGGCCAUGGCUCUGGCCGGGGCUGCUCGGGCGGCAGCAGCGCGCCGCUAGCUCCCCAGCUCUCCCGCCCGGGCGGCCGGCCGAGGAUGAGGCGGCUGAGCCGGCGCCUGGCUUGGUCGCUCCUGGGCAUCCUGGGACUCGCCGCGCUGCUCCUCUUUUUCGGGGCUCGCAGGAAGUUGGAGGCAGCCGCAGCCCAAGGGCAGACGCCGAAGGGUUCUGAUGUGGACUGGGAUGACCUCUGGGAUCAGUUUGAAGAGAGAAGGUACCUGAGUGCCCGGAAAUGGAAGGGUGGAGAGGACCCAUACCGACUCUACGCCUUUAACCAGCGAGAGAGUGAGAGGAUUCCCAGUGACCGUGCCAUCCGCGACACAAGACAUUACAGAUGUACUACUUUGCACUAUCGUCCAGAUCUUCCACCAACCAGUAUCAUCAUCACCUUCCACAAUGAAGCCCGGUCCACCUUGUUAAGGACUAUCCGAAGUGUUUUAAACCGUACCCCUGUGCACCUGGUCCAUGAAAUCAUAUUGGUAGAUGACUUCAGUGAUGAUCCUGAUGACUGCCAUUUACUGUGCAAGUUACCCAAGGUGAAAUGUUUACGCAAUGGGCAGCGAGAAGGUUUGAUCCGGUCCCGAAUCCGAGGGGCAGAUAUGGCGCAGGCGGGAGUCCUGACCUUCCUGGACAGUCACUGUGAGGUGAAUAAGGAUUGGCUGCUGCCUCUCUUGCAGAGGAUCAAGGAGGACCCAACUCGGGUGGUCAGUCCAGUUAUCGACAUCAUCAACUUAGACACUUUUGCCUAUGUGGCAGCCUCAUCAGACUUGCGAGGAGGGUUUGACUGGAGCCUACAUUUCAAGUGGGAGCAGCUUUCCCCAGAGCAGAAAGCCAAACGUGUUGAUCCCACAGAGCCGAUUAAGACUCCAGUCAUCGCAGGGGGACUCUUUGUGAUUGACAAAGCCUGGUUCAACCACUUGGGAAAGUACGACACAGCCAUGGACAUCUGGGGAGGGGAGAACUUCGAAAUCUCAUUCCGUGUGUGGAUGUGUGGUGGGAGCCUGGAAAUUAUUCCCUGCAGCCGAGUCGGCCAUGUCUUCCGGAAGAAACACCCUUACAUCUUCCCAGAAGGAAACGCCAAUACAUAUAUAAAAAACACCAAGCGCACAGCUGAAGUGUGGAUGGAUGAGUUCAAGCAGUAUUACUAUGCUGCCCGGCCUGCAGCACAAGGAAGGCCAUAUGGAGACAUCCAGAGCAGGCUGGAACUGAGGAAGAGUUUGAAAUGCCGCACCUUCAAGUGGUACCUGGAAAGUGUUUAUCCGGAACUUAGGAUUCCUGAGGAAUCAUUAUAUCAAACUGGAAUGAUCAGACAGCGACAGAGAUGCUUGGAGUCCCAGAAGGCUGAAGGCCAGGAGUUCCCAGCCCUCAGUUUGAAUCCCUGCAUCACCAGCAAAGGUGGGGCAGCUGUGGCACAGGAAUGGAUAUACACAUACAACCAUCAGGUCCGUCAGCAGCAGCUGUGCUUAUCUGUGCACACCCUUUUCCCAGGCUCCCAGGUGGUACUAUCUCCUUGCAAGGAAGGUGAUGGCAAACAGCAUUGGAGUAAAGUGAGUUCUCACAUUGAGCAUAUGGCCACACGUUUCUGCUUGGAUACUGAAAUGGUGGGCGACACAAAUGAGGGCACCCAAGAGCUUGUCAUCAAUCCCUGUGAGAGCAUGGCUAUGAGUCAGCGCUGGGACAUGGUGAUGUCCUGAUCUCAUGAAAGGAUCCAGUAGCAACACCAGCCAACAUGGCUUCAGUGGAAACAGCCAAAGCACACCAGAGAAGCUCUUGGGAGGUCAGCUGCAAAACCAUUGUGGCCCUUGUUCAUUGCAGAGUAGGAGGAGAAUAAGAAAAUAAGGACACAGGACUCCAGGUUGAAGGAAGGAGGCCAGCUGUGAGGCCUGCUGCAGUCAGUGGCCUGUUGAGGUCAUACAUUCACUAAGUAAGAACAGCAAAAGAAAUAAUCCCUAAAUGUCUUUCAGUAAUAUUGAAACCAGGGGAGAAACCUUCUGGGGAGGGGCCUGCUGAAAUCAAGAGUUUACAGUAUUUAUUGUUUUCACUGUAAAGAAGAAAAAGUGGUGGAGAAGCCUUGGAGGCUGAACAUGGAGAGACAAGCAUCUAGUUGGUUGUGGAGGUGGCGGAGCAGGUGGGCAAGGAAAGGAGAUGUGAAGGCAAACGAAAAAGGUCACUCUGGGGACAAACUGAAAACACUACUAAAUCCUUGCACUUUUUUAAACUGAUGCUGUUGAGCUAGUCUUCUGAAGACAGAUGGCUAGAGAGAAGCUAUAUUGCACAUUAUACCUUGUAUAUAAUCCAUGUACAUGUCCUGUACUAUAUGCUGUAAAGAAAGAGGCCAUGGUAUCAUGUGGGGAUUGGGCCCAGAAUUAACUUGACUGGGGGACUUUGCAUCACACUGUGCUAUCCACAUGUGAAGGGCUAUGGCAUCACUCAAAGCCCAGGCAGUUGCCAGGGCCAAACAUAUAAGAUGGCUAACCAUAUAUACACAAGCCUUUCAGAUGCUAUAAGGAGAGUGGUAAUACUGUUAUUUCUCCUUUCUGAGUGGCAUGGGACACAAAAUCAACCUCAACAUGUUUCUCACUGUUUCAAACCUGGAAUAGCUCAGUUUUUCACUCUGAAGUAUAAAAGUAAUAUUUUGGUAUUUCAAGGUAACUAUUGCAUUUGUGUUUUCCAAAUUCCUUAGUAAAGAAGCUGGUACUAGUGUCAGACACAGGUGACUGAGGGAACAGGCUACCCCCUGUUCAGUACCAGCAAAAGUAGUAUCUCCCCAUGGCUUUUCUCAGGCAAAACAGAGUUUGUUGCUUCUUGAAGUACUUCUUUAUCCCUCGAUGUUGAAUGUUGAAAGAACGGUUUGAAAUUCCCAUUAGCUUCAUCACUGAGCAGGAACUAAUGACUCAUGGGAUACCUCGGGGUUUUUCUCCCAAGGCCUAGACAGCAAACAUGUUGUAGAGCCGAUGCCUUUAAGUUUCAGGGUGCAGGCAUUGCUUAGAGAUUGCAUACCAAGAUAUAAGAUAGGUUGUAGGGGUGGAUGAAGCAGUUAGCUGGGAGAGCAAACAUGGAAACCCCAGAAUGAGAAAUGUUGAACAGGAAACCCCAAGGUCCUUUCUGACCUUGUCUCCAAUCUAGGUUCUGGCAAAGCACAAGGGGAUACAAGGAGUGGGACAGGACAAGAG